AUGUACAUCUUCAUUUGCAAUUUGGCUUGUAUUAAUUUAUAUGGUGGAUCUGCUGUUACACCUUUUGUUUUGACUAAAAUUCUGACAGAGAAUUAUCGAAUAACAUGGCUUUCUUGCCUUGUGCAAAUCUUUAGUUUAUUUACCUAUGGUGGCUGUGACCUAACAAACUUAACAGUUAUGGCUUAUGAUCGAUAUAUAUCUAUAUGCUAUCCUUUAGAAUAUGAAAAAAUAGUCACGCCAGCAAAAGUGGCGAUAGGUGUUGUAGUUUCUUGGCUUUUGCCAUUUGUGCGAUCAACCAUCACUAUCUCAAUUACAGGAAAUCUUAACAUUUGUGGAGUAAUUAUUGAAAAAGUCUACUGUGACAAUUUUUCUGUUGUGAAGCUAGCAUGCUCUGAUACUUUAAGUAAUAAUAUAUAUGGUGUUGUUAUGAUGUCCCUUACUAUCCUACCAGUUUUCAUAAUUUUUUAUACUUAUGUUAGGAUCAUCUUUAUCUGCUUGAAGUUGUCAAAAACAAAUCGAGUUAAAUUCAGUACAUGUGUCCCACAUUUAAUAGCAUUACUAAACUUUGUAAUAGGUAUUUGCUUUGAAAUAUUCCAAAGUCGAUUCAAUAUGCGUCAUGUGCCUUGUACAGUCCGUGUUAUACUCUCUUUGUAUGUUCUUAUUUUGUCUCCUAUUAUAAAUCCAAUCAUGUAUGGUGUAAAAACUCAAAAAAUAAAGGAAGCCAUUAUUAAAAGAAUUAGACUACACUUAGUCAUAAACUACACUUAA